UGGAGUCUCCUGUCCGGAGCGCACGCAUGUUCAGUGGACUCUGAUCUCUGAUGGUGUGAAGCCUCAGAUGAGGGAGUCGCGCGUCCGGGAAUGACAGACGCUGUCACCGAGAGUGACAGCUUUCACUCAGAGCUACACCGUUAAAACAAACACAUCCUCCUGCUGAGACCCAACUCUGAUCCGGACCGGAUCCACUCAGAACAGGACUAUGCCAGAGAUGGAGAAAGGGAGACCUCCGGAAAAUAAGCGCAGCAGGAAACCUGCGCACCCCGUAAAGAGGGAGAUCAACCAGGAGAUGAAGACGUUUGCAGAAAGCACCAUGAAUGAGCUGCUGGGAUGGUACGGCUACGACAAAGUAGAUCUCAGAGACUCAGAGGCCAACGAGAUAAGAAACUACAGAGAAAGGAGACAGCAUGUGUCUGUGCUAAAAGAAAACUCAUUGCCAAAAUCCAGGAGCCUGGAAACCAAUGCUGGUCACCCGGUCCUGGCAAUGAAAAGUGGAGAGAGAGAGUCCUCCAGUGUUCCAUCCUCUUCACCAUCCUCUUCCUCAACAAGCUCAUCCCUAACCACCCCCAAAGAGCACAAGAGUGCCCCCGUCAUUGUUCCACUCAUAAAGCCAUCAGCAGUGGAAGAUGUACAAAAUGUGCAGAUAGUGUGUGUUUGGUGCCAGAAGGAAGGGGUCAAACGCUAUUCUCUAUGUAUGGGCUCUGAGCUGAAGAGCUUCUGCAGUGAGAAGUGCUUUGCCGCCUGCAGACGGGCCUACUUCAAACGCAAUAAGGCCAGAGAUGAAGACCUCCAUGGAGAGAGAUCCCCUCAGCAUCCUCAAACAGAGGACUCGCCCAGACUGGUGUUGAAGAUAAACAGCAAUGUCAGAGUAUGUGAUUGGUGCAAGCAUGUCCGCCACACUAAAGAAUACCUGGACUUUGGAUCUGGUGAGGAACGACUCCAGUUCUGCAGCACCAAGUGUCUGAAUCAGUACAAGAUGGAUGUUUUCUACCGAGAAGCUCGUGCAGCUCUUACCAGCUCCAGCCCCAGCAGAUCAAGCCAGGAAGGGAGGGCCGAGAACAGUUUGGGAAGUCAAAAGCUACUCACUCCUGAUUCUUGGAACAACGGCAGUGCAGCAGAAGCUCGUCGUAGAAACCUUUCCCCUAAAGGGCCUGCACCAAUCCUUGGAUCAGCAGAAUCCACCUCCAUCUCUCCCUCGGAGGCCUCCUCUUCUAAUUCCAAGGUCACAGUCUCUGGGCUGAGGACUUUGGAGAGACCCAUCCAGCAUCCUCCACAAACCCCUGCUGUUGAGGUAUCACCCCAUUCUGCUUCCCUUCAUCCUCCACCACCUCCUCGUCCCCAUCUGGAACAUCAGCCAGUACCUCAAAUCCCCAUGCCGUUCAUCAGACCUCCUCUCCAUGCUCAGGGCCUGAGAAGCCCCCUUGCCAACCCUCUCAGAAACCCUGGCCCCUCCUCAAGCCCUAUCCACAGACCUCCUCAUUCGCCUCACCUGCAACCCCCGACCUCCUCGUCCAUGAAUCCCCCUGGUAUGAUGCACCCUUUCCCAGGAGCAUACUUCCCUGGCUUGCACUCCCCACCCUUAAACAUGAUGCCAAGAGGUCAUGUCCCAAUGCCUCCCAUAAUGAACUUUGGUAUUCCCUCUUUCAGCCCUCUUCUGCCCCAACCCACUAUCUUGGUGCCUUAUCCCAUCAUUGUCCCCCUACCUGUCCCUAUACCUAUUCCUAUUCCCAUUCCAGUCCCUUCGAAGGCAACUCCAGAAACUCCAAGUGUAAUUCAGCCUGUACCAGAGGGGACAGAGAGGGGUAGAUCCAGGACUAGGCCAACAACGCCAGGGAUUCCUGAAGCUAACAGCAGAUUGAUAGCCAACAAUCCGGGUGGAAACUCACCAAGUGACCCCAUCACAAGGGACAUUGAUAGGGUUAAAUCAGAAAGGCCAUUCCCAUCCCCAACCUCCACGCCCCACAGUAGCGCAUCCUCCCCCAGAGCCCUGUACAAUGAAUCCCCCUGCUCAGCCCCAGAGUAUGAGGGACUGGCAGACUAUAGGCAUCCACAAUCAGAGCGACAAGUCAUCCAAAGGGUUCUUCAAAGGACCCAAGUGAAUCUGGGAGCAAGUGCCAAUGGAGUAGUUGAUGUAUUAGGGCUUGGGGAGUCAGGAGCAGGGCAGGGUACCAGAUCAGGGCUCCACAAUAUCAUCAGACCAACCCUUUCACUAUCACACUCCCCUUUACAUGAUAACUUCUAUCACCAACAGGACUCCCAUUCUCCACCUUUGAACACACCAAUCAGCCCCAGUGGCAGCAGUCAUCCUAUGGAUGCCGCAUCCUCUUCCCUGAUGUCUCAGGACCAUGGUCCAAACGGGAUGUCGUCCUCAACACCCCCCUCAACACCCCCAAGUCCAGACUCAUCCUUAACCCAGAGAAUACCAGCACCAGCCCCUGACCCUGCAGUCAGUGAGCUGGAGGCUAUCAAAGAGAACAAGUGCACUGUUGUUGGCAAAGUGCGGGCUGAGGGUGCAGUUAGUCAGUCAGAAGACCCCUUAGCUAUAGUCGGAGAGGUAGGAGAGGACCCCCAUGUGCCUGAUGAGGACCAUGCCUAUGCCUUGCCAACAGCACCAAAGACGGGUGGGACCACCACCCCGCUGCUCUUGCCCAAGCUCAGGGACAAGGGUAGCCUGCGGAGCCCUGCUAAUAUUCCCAGUGCUGGAGACAUGGAGCCAGCUCUGAAGAGGCGAUGCCUACGAAUCCGUGAUCAGAAUAAGUAGAGGAAAGAGACUCCCUGUUUAACACUGUAUGGCGGUGCCAGACUCAGUGCCACGCCCUCUUGUGGACAACGCCAGUGCUAACACCCUCAAGCCAGUUCCUCAGCCUGUCAGCCCACCAGAGUGUUGCUCUGCCUGUAGACCAGCAGGGUGCUAAUCCAGGAAGCAGUCCAGAUGGCCAAAAUAUUGCAAAUCAAAGAUGGGGAAGAACAACAACACAGUCACAUAUUUCGUCUUGGACCAAAGAGUACUUCUGGCUAUUGUGUUAUGUUGUGGUCAGUGAGCACUUGAAAUGGAGCAUCUCAGAUCUUCUCCCUGUCUGACAUUGACCUAAAGUGUGUCUGUUUGUGUGUGUGCACUCCUCCUCCUCCUCUCCUUGCGAUCCACAGCAGACAGGGCUUAGAUCAGCCUUGUGUGGUCUUCUCAGAUGGAGCCUGAACAUGAUCUCUUUCCAGGGGAAACGGUUUGUUUUCUCUGCCCGCCUCGCACAAAGAGCCACAUUGUUCCUCUCCCCAUAUCCCACGCUGACUCCCCACUCCAGGUUUUGGGUUACCUGGCCGACGGGGGCUCAGACUUCAGGAGCUUUUUUUAUUUUUUGGAGCGACAGCCAGGAAAAUGGUAUACCCUUCUCCCCUCCAACCUCAUGUCCCAAUCUAAAUACGGUACACAGCAACAUACAAAUUCUGAGGUUUGAUUCCUCACAACCGGUUGCUUGUAAUUCCCUACCCUUCUCACUUCCUUCAAGGGAGGAGAGAAAGUCUGCUGAGAUUAGGAGUUCAUCCUCGGGCGUUUUAUUCCCCUCUGGGGAGAGAGCCUAGCUGGCCUGUUCAGACAGACGACUGAGGAGAAAGGAUGCUUCUGCUGCAUCCUCUAAAGCAAAGUUUUAACUACACAGAGUAUGCAGGGAGAGGUCUACUGAUCUACAGUAGCUGAGAUGGUCUUGGAACAUUUAAAUCGUCCUGUUGACGCUGGUCUAUAAAUGUACAGUAUCCAGACCCUUCCUCACCUGAUCUGCCAAAGCUUUCAAUUUGAAUCACCUUAAGCUCCAAGUGCCCUGCUUGUUUGCUUUGAAAUCUAGAAGAUUCAUGGCACUUGGCAGUUUUUCUUAAUGGCUUGUAAUAUUACCAAAUGUGGUAUUAUACUCAACAGUCAAAUGCUGUAGAAUGCAGCGAUCAGUAUUACAGUUCCUGCUAUCGGGGAUACAUGAGAUUUGAUCCAGAUAGAUCACCUAUACGUUUUGUCAACACUCUUAUCAAUUUAUAAAUUUACAGUUUUUUUCUAGUUGAACUCUACACAGAUAUUAUUUGAUGUUUUAUUAACUUAUGGAUUAUGCAUCUGUAGAUUUUCACAAAAAAAGUGCUAUAUUUCUUUAUUUUUCUCUUCACUGAUUGUUUUUUUUUUUGUGCGUGCUAAAGCCCUUAAAUGCCCCCUCCUUGUUUUUAUGUUUAUAUACUGAAUCCCCACUAGAGAGCAGUGUUUGCCUUUGUAACUUUGCACCUGCCCUUUCCUGACUAGAAAGCAACAAGAGGCCGAGUGGAAGACAGCUGAAAACCAUAUGAUUAUACAGAACAUGACACUGCACUCAGUGACACCUGACUGAUAUUAAAUGCCAAGUAGAUAGCUUUUUUUUUCCACACCUUGCUGCCAUUGUUCUCUCAUUGCAUCCAAUUACCUUGCCUUCUUAUACAGGAGUGUCAGAUACAAAAAAACCAUGGCUGCACUUUAGAGCCUAUUCUUUAGGAGUUCAAAAGUCCCCUGGUAUAAGUAGUCAUCCUGGUCUACUCUUAGAAUAACUCCAAAUACGACCCACCUCUGCUAUCCUUCCAAAACAACAUCACUCCAUAUGUGUACAGCAAGUCCCCCCCCGACUCAUUCCAGCCUUCAUCUUCUCCACAUGUCAUGCCAUUAUAGUGUCAUCCUCGACCAUCCAGGGGACUCUUUGUCAACAGUACGAUGAGUCAGUGACCACAUCACUUCACGCAAAUAGCUGCAGAAUCAACAAGUGGUCCUCUGCUCUGACACCGCAAGCCAAAAACAAAGGGAACACCUUUAAGACUGCCAUUGGUUUUAUUGCACAUUUUAAUCAUUGCCAUUUCACACCCGAUACUGAAUGUGUUUUUAUCCAAUGUUUGGACACAACCAGUAUCUUUUUGUUAUUGCUGUCAACACCUGAAAUUCAUUGUUACCUACUGGCCUCCCCUGUCAAACUUGUGUCCCACUGUCUAAAUAGAUUGUUCACAAAUUAUUUGUUUUUGAAUAUAGAUUCAUUAUCCGAAAGCUUUGAUGGAUACCUAUUUGUAAAGUAAAAUAAAUAAAAGUUAUUCUAAGAGCA